AUGCUGUUCCACAGUCUGUCGGGCCCCGAGGUGCACGGGGUCAUCGACGAGAUGGACCGCAGGGCCAAGAGCGAGGCUCCCGCCAUCAGCUCCGCCAUCGACCGCGGCGACACGGAGACGACCAUGCCGUCCAUCAGCAGUGACCGCGCCGCGCUCUGUGCCGGCUGCGGGGGCAAGAUCUCAGACCGCUACUACCUGCUGGCGGUGGACAAGCAGUGGCACAUGCGUUGCCUCAAGUGCUGCGAGUGCAAACUCAACCUGGAGUCCGAGCUCACCUGUUUCAGCAAGGACGGAAGCAUCUACUGCAAGGAAGACUACUACAGGCGGUUCUCUGUGCAGCGCUGCGCCCGCUGCCACCUGGGCAUCUCAGCCUCGGAGAUGGUGAUGCGUGCCCGGGACUUGGUUUAUCACCUCAACUGCUUCACCUGCACCACGUGUAACAAGAUGCUGACCACGGGUGACCACUUCGGCAUGAAGGACAGCCUGGUCUACUGCCGCUUGCACUUCGAGGCGCUGCUGCAGGGCGAGUACCCCGCUCACUUCAACCAUGCCGACGUGGCGGCGGCCGCAGCUGCAGCAGCCGCAGCCAAGAGCGCUGGGCUGGGUGCGGCCGGGGCCAACCCGCUGGGUCUUCCCUACUACAACGGCGUGGGCACGGUGCAGAAGGGGCGGCCGAGGAAGCGCAAGAGCCCGGGCCCAGGGGCAGACCUGGCAGCCUACAACGCUGCGCUGAGCUGCAACGAGAACGACGCGGAGCACCUGGACCGCGACCAGCCGUACCCCAGCAGCCAGAAGACAAAGCGCAUGCGCACCUCCUUCAAGCACCACCAGCUUCGGACCAUGAAGUCUUACUUUGCCAUUAACCACAACCCCGACGCCAAGGACUUGAAGCAGCUUGCGCAAAAGACUGGCCUCACCAAGCGGGUCCUCCAGGUCUGGUUUCAGAAUGCUAGGGCCAAGUUCAGGCGCAACCUCUUACGGCAGGAAAACACGGGUGUGGACAAGUCGACAGAGGCAGCGUUGCAGACGGGGACGCCAUCGGGGCCGGCCUCGGAGCUCUCCAACGCCUCGCUUAGCCCCUCCAGCACACCCACCACCCUCACAGACUUGACCAGCCCGGCCCUGCCAACUGUGACGUCCGUCUUAACUUCUGUGCCUGGCAACCUGGAGGGCCACGAGCCUCAUAGCCCCUCACAAACGACUCUCACCAACCUUUUCUAGUGACUCACGCCCUCCCCUCCCCCCACAAUUUCUUUAAAAAAGAAAUUAUCUUUAGUUGAAUUCCAAGUGUAUUUUAAAAUAGAGGCUUUGAGCAACUAACUAACCACAUUUUAGGAUCUCGCCUGGAAACAGAGGAAGAAAAUAAUUGUGUGUCCCGCUAAUGCAGCGGUGUGGACUUGAGGAAUUACUUGGAAAAUCUAUCUGCAACACAACAUUUGUGUCACUGUACAGUUUUGUGGACUGAGCGAGGAAAAACAACAAAUAAUUUAAGUUGGCUAGAGCUUCUGUAUUUUCAAAGACUGCCACGUGCCUUAGGAAUACUGUUUUAUCUCCAUACUUUGGAUGACUUGUUCAUUUUUCUCUCCCUCUUUUUCUCUCUGUAUAUUUAUGACCAGAGCAAAAAUGUUAAAAAAAAAAAAA